AUGCUAUCGCUGGCUGGCCGUCUCACAGUAGCCAGUUCGGUAACUUCCUCUAUUCCUGUCUAUCAUAUGAAUACUGAGUUGAUUCCGAGUGUAGUUUGCAAAGGCAUAUACAAGAUCAAUAGAGAUUUCAUCUGGGGGGAUGAAGAGAAUCAACCCAAGAUGCAUUUGGUGGCUUGGAAGAAGAUGACUUUCCCGAAGAGUCAGGGAGGAGCAGGACUUGGAUCUCUCAGACAGGCGAAUUUAGAAAUGCUAGCGAAGAAUGGAUGGCGGCUCAUAAAAGACAAAGAUGGCCUGUGGUCCAGAGUCAUGCGUGCGAAGUACGGUAGACAGAGGGACAGCUUGGACAUCCUCAGACCAAUUCAGGGAAGUUCCUUUACCUGGAAGAGCUUUGCUAAAGCGUCGACCUUCUCGGGAAGGGUUGUGCUUGGAACAAUGCAGUCAAAAGAAAGAUUCUACCUAGAAUUGAAAAAGGGAUAA